AUGGUUCAGGGGGAGUCAAAAAUUUGUCACCCCCUGAAACCAGUCUUUACUCAUCAGUCAUUAACAUUUAUUUGCCAACAUUUACGUCUUAUUGAUAGUGGACAACAUUCGAAUUUAAGUGCAAGUAUUUAUUUAUGUUUAGCAGAAUUAUGUGCUACAUUAAAAGUUUAUUCGAUUGCCGAAUUACCAUCAUUUAUGCCACAUGUUCUACAAACUUAUCAGUCAGAUAAUAUUCUUAGAAAUGAAUUACUUCUUACAAGUGUUAUUGCAUGUCUAUCAAAAUUAGUUCGAACUCUAUGCAAUUAUCUUACUCCAUAUCUUCCAUCUAUUAUCAAACGAACAUGUACAUUACUGACACAUCCAUCAGCACUUAAUGAUCAACGUUUACGAACAAUGUGGUCUCAUAUAGCAUUACAUGUUCCACAUCGUUUAUUAUUUCCUAUAUUAUAUGAUGUUAUUGAUAAAAAUGAAUUUCAAUUAAAUGAUCUUGAACCAUUAAUGACAUUAUUAAAACAAUCAUUAUCUAUAGCAACAUUAGAUGAUUUAAGUAAUAAUUAUACAUUAUUAAAACAAUUAUUUCUUAAAUUAUUUACUUUACGAACAUCACAUAUAAAAAAAAUGUCACCAAAUCAAAUGAAUAUUUACGAAGAUUAUGUAUUUGAUUGUUUUGCUGAAUUAGUUAUGCGUUUAUCAGAAGAAACAUUUCGUCCAUUAUUUUAUACAAUUUAUGAAUGGGCAGUUUAUAAUGAACCACCAUCAGAAUAUACAUUAACAUUUUAUCGUUUAACAUAUAUACUCUCUAAAAAAUUAAAAGGUUUAUUUACAUUAUUUGCUGGUCAUAUUAUUCAGCAUUCAGCAAAUAUUCUGAACCAAUUAAAUUCAUCUAAAUCUGGAGAAAGUUCAAAUGAAUUUAAAAUAAAUUUUCGAAAAAAACAUGUUGAAGAAAAUCAAUUUGAAUUAAUUAAUGGAAUAUUAGGUACAAUAUCAAAUUUAUGUUUAUUUGAUAGUGUAGGAUUUAUAACCGAUGAGCGUUUUCAAUUACUUAUGAUGCCCAUUGUUGAUCAGAUGGAAAAUUUAACAUCGAAUGAGAAUUACUCUCAAUGGAUACAACAGUAUGUAUCACCAUGUAUUGUUAACUUAACAUCUGCCACAAAAGAAGAAGCAUUAUGGCGCCAAAUACAUUACCAAAUAUUAUUAAAAACAAGAUCAGAUUUAUCGAAAGUUCGUCUAGCAACCUUACAUGUUGUACAAGACCUUUCAAGAAAAUUAGGAAUGAAUUAUCAAGGUCUUUUGCCAGAAGCCAUACCAUUCAUGGCAGAAUUAAUGGAAGAUCCAAAUGAUGAAGUAGAAAAAACAUGUCAUCGCGUUAUCAUCGAUAUGGAAUCGACAUUAGCAGAAAUUCAAGCAAAAAAGAAUACAUUUCAACAAUACGCAAUUACUGUUGCUGGAGGAAAUGAAGCAGGACACAAAUUAAAUCAACUCUCUCAGCCUCGUGGGAUCUUUAUUGAUACUGAUAAAUCAGUUUAUAUUGCUGAUUUUCUUAAUGAUCGUAUUGUCAAAUGGAAAUUGAAUUCAUAUAAUGGUCAAAUCAUUGUAGGUGGGAAUCAAUAUAAUCAAUUGAAUCAUCCAACAGAUAUCAUUUUUGAUAACAAAAACAAUUCUUUUAUUAUUUCUGAUAACACGAAUAAACAAGUAAUUCGAUAUUUUGAUAAAAAUCAAACAAACCAACAAAUUCUAGUUUCAAAUAUUAAUUGUUCUGGUCUGACAAUCGAUAAAAAUGGAUCUAUUUAUGUUUCUGAUUGUGAGAACAAUGAAGUAAGACGAUGGAAGCAAGGAGAUAAAAAAGGUGAAUUAGUUGCAGGUGGAAAUGGUAAAGGAAACCAUCUUAAUCAACUCAGUUUCCCUACUAAUAUCUUUAUUGACGAAGAUUAUUCUCUAUAUAUAUCAGAUUCUUCGAAUCAUCGUGUAAUGAAAUGGAAAAAAGAUGCAAAAGAAGGAAUUGUUGUUGCUGGUGGAAAUAGUAGAGGAAAUAGUCUUAAACAAUUGGCUAAUGUUGAAGGAGUGAUUGUUGAUCGUUUGGGUAAAAUCUAUGUGGCAGAUUAUUGGAAUCAUCGAGUAAUGCGUUGGUGUGAAGGAGAUAAAGAAGGUGAAAUUGUUGUUGGUGGAAAUGGUGAAGGAAAUCAAUCAAACCAAUUGAAUGGUCCCAUGGGAUUAUCAUUUGAUAAUGAAGAAAAUCUGUAUGUUGUUGAUCGUUACAAUCAUCGAAUCCAAAAAUAUGAAAAAAUUUUAAAUUAA